GUGAGGAAGGGGAAAGGAUGGAGGGAAGGGUGAGUUUGUGGAGAAAGGUCGGGAAAGAACAGAAGGGCUAGAGACGUGGGAACCGUGGGUCUAGGGGGAAGCGGGGGGGCCACAGUUUCCCCUCCUGGGAUGUUUGGCGUGCGACAGGGCCCUUCCUCAGACUCACUGCUUGCUCCCUUUGGAAGCCCCGGAUGCCCCCUAAGACCUCUUGAGACUCCCUCCUUCGUUUCCCCGCAUAGUCUGCUGAUGUGAGGAGGGAGUAUUAUUUCCUGAGGAAAGAGACGUUUCUGACCCCCACCCAGUAGUAGUAGUCCAAAAAACGGGGAGAGCAGAAGCCCCUUUGUCCCAACCCUGGCUCUGCCGCCAAGACAGUCUGUAACAACUCUGUGUGACCUUGGGCAAGUCACUCACUACCUUUCUUUGGGCCUAAGAUUUCCCAUCGAUUAAAAAAAUAAAUAAAAGGAAGAUGCAUAAGAAGGAUAUCCCAGAUCUCUUUCUGCUCUUAAAAUGGGGAGGCUCUUGAGGAGAGAGUUCAGGAGAACGUGUUCUAGGACGUGGGGAAGCAAAGAAAGUCGGAUGAAGAUGGAGGCUAGGCCUUCAGCUGGGGCUGCAGAAAAUCCCCAGGGAUGUGAGGGGAGGGUCGGCACAAAGCAAGGCUGGGGCAGGCUAGCCAGCGCCAAUGGAUUCCUGUUGGAGUGAUGGGAGGACUGUAAAUAAGACGAAGAGGUUGAGACUGAACCCGAGAAGGAUGAAGACCAGAAGUAACCUUCUGUUCAUCAGGAGAGUGAUGCCUCCUCCAGGAAUCCCCCCACCUUUUCCUCCAAUGGGGCUCCCUCCCAUGAGUCAGAGACCACCGGCCAUCCCCCCCAUGCCACCUGGCAUCAUGCCCCCAAUGCUCCCACCAAUGGGGGCGCCACCACCGCUCACACAGAUACCAGGAAUGGUACCUCCCAUGAUGCCAGGAAUGCUGAUGCCAGCAGUGCCCGUCACCGCAGCGACGGCUCCGGGUGCGGACACCGCCAGCUCUGCUGUGGCUGGGACAGGCCCUCCGAGGGCACUGUGGAGUGAGCAUGUGGCCCCUGAUGGGCGCAUCUACUACUACAAUGCUGACGACAAGCAGUCCGUGUGGGAGAAGCCCAGCGUGCUCAAGUCCAAGGCAGAGCUCCUGCUGUCCCAGUGUCCCUGGAAAGAGUACAAGUCGGACACAGGCAAACCUUACUACUACAACAAUCAGACUCUAGUCAAACAAGAGGCUGCAGGGAAACAGCAGCAGCCACAGACACUACAGCCACAGCCUCCUCAGCCUCAGCCAGAUCCCCCACCUGUGCCGCCUGGCCCCACCUUGCUGCCCACAGGCCUCCUAGAACCUGAGCCAGGUGGGAGUGAAGAUUGCACUGUGUCAGAGGCUGCCCAGCCCCUGGAGCAGGGGUUCCUGCAGCAGCCAGAGGAGGGCCCCAGCAGUUCUGCUGGACAGCAUCAGCCACCACAACAAGAGGAAGAAGAAUCAAAACCGGAGCCGGAGCGGUCUGGUCUCAGUUGGAGUAACCGGGAGAAGGCAAAGCAGGCCUUCAAGGAGCUGCUGAGGGACAAGGCUGUCCCCUCCAAUGCUUCGUGGGAACAGGCCAUGAAGAUGGUGGUCACUGACCCCCGUUACAGUGCCUUGCCCAAACUGAGUGAGAAAAAGCAGGCAUUCAAUGCCUACAAAGCACAGCGGGAGAAGGAGGAGAAGGAAGAGGCCCGGCUAAGAGCCAAGGAGGCCAAGCAGACCUUGCAGCAUUUCCUGGAGCAGCAUGAACGCAUGACCUCCACCACCCGCUACCGGCGGGCAGAACAGACCUUUGGGGAGCUGGAGGUCUGGGCUGUGGUCCCUGAGAGGGAUCGAAAAGAGGUUUAUGAUGAUGUCCUCUUCUUCCUGGCCAAGAAGGAGAAGGAACAGGCUAAGCAGCUGCGGCGCCGCAACAUCCAGGCCCUGAAGAGCAUCCUAGAUGGGAUGAGUAGUGUCAACUUCCAAACCACCUGGUCCCAGGCCCAGCAGUACCUCAUGGAUAACCCCAGCUUUGCUCAGGACCAUCAGCUGCAGAACAUGGACAAGGAAGAUGCGCUGAUCUGCUUUGAGGAGCACAUCCGAGCUUUGGAGAGGGAGGAGGAGGAGGAGCGAGAGCGAGCCCGACUUCGGGAGCGGCGCCAGCAGCGCAAGAACCGGGAGGCCUUCCAGACCUUCCUGGAUGAGCUGCACGAGACAGGGCAGCUGCACUCCAUGUCCACCUGGAUGGAGCUGUACCCAGCGGUCAGCACUGACAUCCGCUUUGCCAACAUGCUGGGCCAGCCGGGCUCCACCCCUCUGGACUUGUUCAAGUUCUAUGUGGAGGAGUUGAAGGCACGAUUCCAUGAUGAGAAGAAGAUCAUAAAGGACAUCCUUAAGGACCGGGGCUUCUGCGUGGAGGUGAACACAGCCUUCGAGGACUUCGCCCACGUCAUAAGCUUUGACAAGAGGGCUGCUGCGCUGGAUGCAGGCAACAUCAAGCUGACUUUCAAUAGUCUGCUGGAGAAAGCAGAGGCACGCGAGAGAGAGCGGGAGAAGGAGGAGGCCCGGCGGCUGCGGCGCAGGGAAGCUGCCUUCCGAAGCAUGCUGAGGCAGGCUGUGCCUGCUCUGGAGCUGGGCACGGCCUGGGAAGAGGUCCGUGAGCGCUUUGUGUGCGACUCAGCCUUUGAGCAGAUCACCCUGGAGUCGGAGAGGAUCCGGCUCUUUCGGGAGUUCCUGCAGGUACUGGAGACGGAAUGCCAGCACCUCCACAGCAAAGGCCGGAAGCACGGCAGAAAGGGCAAGAAGCACCAUCGCAAGCGUUCCCACUCGCCUUCAGGCUCUGAGUCAGGAGACGAGGAGCUGCCCCCGCCCUCUCUCCGGCCCCCCAAGCGGAGGCGACGGAACCCCUCGGAGUCAGGCUCUGAGCCCUCUUCCUCACUUGACUCUGUUGAAAGUGGGGGUGCUGCCCUUGGAGGACGGGGUUCCCCCUCCUCUCGCCUUCUCCUUGGAUCAGAUCAUGGUCUUCGGAAAGCCAAGAAACCAAAAAAGAAAACUAAGAAGAGAAGACACAAGUCGAACAGUCCUGAGAGCGAGACAGACCCUGAGGAGAAAGCUGCCAAGGAGAGUGAUGAGAAAGAACCAGAACAGGACAAGGACAGGGACCUCCGGCGGGCAGAGCUCCCUAACCGCUCCCCAGCCUUUGGGAUCAAGAAGGAGAAGACGGGCUGGGACACGUCGGAAAGCGAGCUGAGCGAGGGGGAGCUGGAAAGACGGCGGCGGACGCUCUUGCAGCAGCUGGACGACCACCAGUGACCUGACACGCCACCGUGCCUCGGGUCUGCGUGAGGCUGUGGCUGAGUUCACCCUCGCUGUCUGCCCCAGAACUUCUUCCUUAGUUGGGUCUGUGUCCACUUUUUCUCAAGUAUCCCCAACCCCAACCCACCAUUUCUGGCAUCUCCCAAGGUGCUUGUGGUGUUCAAGGGUCCCCUCAACUUCCCGGACAACUAGUGCUUGCCCUCAGUCUCAGACCAGCGAUUGGUGGUGAAUGCCAUUUGGGUGGGUGGUACCAGUAGAUAAAAUGUGAGAAGGGGCCCCCAGAACAAGUGGCAGGCUGGUGGACACAGCCUGGGUGGCAGGGGCGGGGUCCUUAGCCUCUAGCAUCCGGGCCUGCUCCUCCCUGCCCAGGCCCUGGGGCUCCAUCACUCCUUUCUCCAGCCCUGGGGCGCAGUGUAUGUGUGUUUUGUUUUGGUUUUGUUUUUUAAAUGACAAUAUUUAUAACAUGG